CCCCAUAGUCACUGAAGGAGGCAAACCUAAUACAAAUCGGAAUGACUGAACCGACAGACUACAUGUACGAGAUGUUCACAAAUUCAACAGAUGAUUACCCAAUCUUAUCUAACUGGUGUAAUAUGGAUGACAUAUCCAAAUUUAGUGCCAUGUUUACCAGCGUCCUGUACUCGCUGAUUUUUUUGUUCAGUCUGCUUGGAAAUAGCCUUGUCUUAUGGGUCAUUAUCAAAUAUGAAAACCUUUCAUCCUUAACGAACCUCUUCAUCUUGAACCUUUGCAUCACUGAUUUGGCCUUCUCUUUCACGCUGCCUUUCUGGGCUGUGUACCAUUAUUAUGGCUGGAUUUUUGGCGAGUUUCUCUGCAAGGCUGUGAGCGCCAUCUUCUCUAUCAGCUACUAUGGCGGUGUGAUCUUUCUAACCAUCAUGACCAUCCUCCGGCACCUGGCUGUGGCAGAUCCCUUGUCAACUUUGAGAACUCAGACAAAGAAUUAUGGCAUGUUAGUGAGCAUGGCUGUUUGGACCAGCAGCAUCUUAGUUGUGGUCCCUGAAAUGAUUUAUACCCAAGUAAAACCGUACAAGGAUGGCAGACAGAACUGUGAGUACAAAGAGCCUUCCCCAUGGAAGUUGGUGGAGUUGUCUCAGCAGGUGAUUUUCUUUCUGUGUUCCUUCAUUAUCAUUUCAAUUUGUUACAUCAAGAUGCUUAGGAUUCUACUUAGAUCAAGAUCUCAAAGGAGGCAUAGGACCGUAAGACUCAUAUUUGCCAUUGUGGUGGUCUUUUUCCUGAGCUGGGCACCUUACAACGUACUUGGUCUUGUAUAUGAUUUGUCCUCCAGACAUGUCAUCAAGUUACACUGCCAACUCCGCAAGGAGGUUUUCUUCGCUUUCGACAUCAGCCGCAAAGUAGCCUAUUGCCACUGUUGCCUCAACCCAGUGCUCUACGUCUUUGUCGGGGUGAAAUUCAGAAGACAUCUGAAACUCCUCUUCAAACAGUACUCUCUGUGCCACAGCAGGAUCCCACCCUCCAGCCCUAAAACACCUUCUUUUCAUAUCGGCCCGUAUGAGGAUGCAUCCAUGUACUGA